UUGUGUUCUGUAUGUGUCGUGCGUUCUGCGCUCAUGUUUUUGUGCCAGUUGUGAAAGCGCUCUUGAGCGCGCUCGCCAUAAUUAUUGUUUUCCGUGUGCCACCGUCCCGUCAGUCGCUCUCACCCACAUUCACUCUGCAUUUGUGCUAGCUAGCCCCCAGCGGAUGACCGGAAUCCCGCAACGCGUGGACGACGAAGUAGAAGAAAAAAAUUAAUUCGGUCAGCAUGUCGUUCAUUUAAAAGUUGAAAAAGUAGGAACGUUGAUAAUCCCAUCCCAUCGGCGCCGCGAUGGAUCGCGUUCUAAAGGACACCUUUCGGCUCUAUCCCAACACGGACGUCUUGUACGACGUGGAACUCUUCGAGAAGUGCAUCGUCUUCGAGCCGUGCGCCAAGAACAACGCAUGUAGCAGCAGCGACCGGCCAGCGACACUUCGGAACCAAGUGUCGCUGGACGAAGUCAUCGGCUGUCACGUCAUGAAAGUGGCCGAAGAGGUCACUUCGCUCAAGCACUCGGUGUCGUACUUUUGCAUCUACGCGUACCACCUGGUUCAGAAACGCAAGAACGCCGGUCCGCGGCGACAGAAACGGACCUAUGUGUUCGAGGUGGACAAGGAAGUGAGCUACGAGGGCAACCUGGCCGUUUCCAGGCUCUGGCAGUCCGCCCUGCUCUGGCUUUUGCGCGGUGUCAAGCUGCAACGGACGACGGGUGGCGCAGCAGUGAUCCCCCAGGAGCUGCCGGCGCAGAGGCACUACCUGGUGAUCGUGAACCCCAAGAGCGGACCCGGGCGCUCCCUGGAGAUCUUCCUGCACCGGGUGAGGCCCAUCCUGGCCGAGGCCGACAUCUCGCACCUCCUACUCGUCACCGAGCGGCAAAACCAUGCGAAGGAGUUCAUCAAGGGCCUGAAUCUGAAGCAGUGGAGUGGAAUCCUGGUGAUCUCGGGCGAUGGACUUCUCUUUGAGGUCUACAACGGACUGAUGGAGCGUCCGGACUGGGAGCAGGCUGUCAAGAUUCCAAUCGGCAUCAUUCCGGGGGGCUCGGGCAAUGGCCUGGCUCGCAGCAUCAGCCACACUGCAAACGAGCCAUAUGUCAGCGACCCGAUUGUGGCGGCAACACUGGGCGUGGCCAAGGGCCGCAUCUCUCCCCUGGACCUCAUGCUGGUGGAGACACCCAAGGGGGCACUGUACUCCUUCCUCACGGUGGGCUGGGGCAUCAUGGCCGACAUCGACAUCGAGUCAGAGCGGCUCCGUGCAAUCGGGGAGAUACGAUUUACCCUCUGGGCAUUCUGGAGGGUCUUCAACCUACGCACCUACCAGGGCCGCAUCUCCUACCUUCCUGCCACGGUACCACCCAAGAACGGCGUUCCACCCUCUGCCGCUUCCGCCGCCCCCAAGAACCCGGCUCCGCAGACGAACAACUCGAGCUCCUCAAACGACAGGAGGCCUGCUUCGGUCUCCGCGAACAACGGUGGCCUGCAUCGUUCCCAGAGCGCGCCGGAAGGGUACGCGAACCUCAGCCAAUCGCCGGAAGAACUCGCGGACACCGACAACGUCCUCCCCGCGGAACUUGAGGUGGUCGCGGACUCGUCGAUGACCCGCGCUCCGGAGCCGACGGUUGCGGAGACGCCGCUGGCGCCGCCGGACGGGUUCCCGUCGCUGGACGAUCCGGUGCCGGACGACUGGACGGUGGAAGAGGGGCGCUUCAUCAUCAUCUACUCGAGCCUGCAGAGCCACCUGGGGACCAACCUGUUCUUUGCGCCUGAGGCCCGGCUGGACGACGGCGUGGCCUGGCUCCUGAUGAUCCGCGGGGAUGCGACGAGGCUCCAGCUGCUCACCUACUUCAAGGCACAGGAGGAGGGCCACCACGUGGACCUGCCCUACGUUCGGCUGAUCCCCGUGCGGGCAUUCAGGCUCGAGGCGUUCGCCAACAGCACGGUGACCGUGGACGGCGAGCUGGUGCGCACCAAGGUUCUGCAAGCCCGUGUGCUCCCAUCCCUGGGUCGCAUCCUGACCAUUUGAUGACAAGACCAUUCCAGAAACCGACCGUGUGGUUUCGGUCAAUGACCAAACAAUUUUCUGCACCGUGUGACACAUUGACCGGGCAACUAAUGUCUCCUUUCUUUUAGUUUUAUUACGAUUGCGACGGUGAUUAUUGCGGUGAAUACGAGAUGCCGUGGCAGGUACAGAUUUGCUGCACGACGUCAGUGAAAAUAAGUGAUUUAGGGUAAUGAAUGCCGGGUUGUGCUCAAAGAAAGGACGGACGCUCGAGGAACCUUACCUGGGGAAAUAGUUUUUGAUCAAAGAAAUAUUGACGUAUCCUACUGUAGAUGGAGAAAACAAUUAUGGCCAGUGGAGAGAUGAGCAUUGGACGAGAUAUUUUACUUUACGUAGUAGCAAGACAUCAAUGAGGAAGCUGCAACGCAUUGUACCGCAACAACAUGAUACUGAGUCAGUUCUUGGUGGCGUACAUAGUUUGUUGUAAAUUUUAGGGAACCAGUUCAGUUUGAUCGAGGGAACCGUAAUUUUUUAAAUAUUCUGUUGCCCUAAAUUGUGCAUCUUUCUUAAAAACCUCGUUUCUAUAACUUUAGUCAGUAUACGUAUUUGUGGAGAAAGCUCUUUAUUGCUGGAGCCCAUCACCUGACGGUGGUAUGCUCAAGCAAACAAACCAGGAAACAUUUUUUUUUUUUUUUUUUUCAUUCCAAAGGCUAAGUUGAUUGUGUGACGACGGACGCCUUGUGCUUCAGUCCAAGGCCUGCAGGCUUUUUUUUUUUAGCUGUAACUUAUUUUUAGAUACAAGACGUGUACAUAACUGUGCUAUCCCAGACGACACAUUGUGCCUUCCCCGACUGUGACCAUGGAGACGAUGCGCUCCUUGCAGAGCGCGGGCACAUUGAUAGAGUGGAGUGAAUAAAGGACUACUACAUAUAAA